AUGCGGAGGGGCGCAGGCUCUCCAGGCCAUUCGCUGGACUUCCUCUCGCGGGAGUUCGAUGCGCUGCGGGCGCUGUACGAGCCGAAUCUCCAGCCGCCCGACCCCUCGGCGCCCCUGCUCGACAACCUCCACAAAUGCCGAUCUCUUCUACCCGAGGACCACCCAGAGAGCAUUCCGCACAGAUCCGCGACCGGAGACGAGGCGCGCAAGGCCGCCCGCGAGCAACACAAGAGGCAACAGCUCGCGCGGACCGGCGUUCGGCAGCAGCGGGAGGCCAGGGAAGCCCUCCGCGCCCCCCUCCUGCAACGCGUCAUGGACGUUUGCGCCCACCCCGGCCCGUUCGACGUCCUCCGCGCCGCCCAGCGGGCCGGCGCGAAGGUCAAGGUCGUCCUCCGCCACGCAGGCGGCGUGAGCGGCGUCGCGAUGGGCCGCGUCGUGGCGUACGACAAGCACAUGAACCUCGUCUUGCGCGACGUGGUGGAGGUGUCCACUGUGCGUGUGCGCACCUCGCGCCGCUACACCACGCCGGGGCGCCCGGACGCGAGCGACGCGGCGCAGGACGAGGACAGGGAGCUGCGGGAGCUGUACGGGCUCGCGCCGGAGGGCGGGGAGGCGCCGCCCGUGCAGGCCGGCGGCGCGGCGGGGGUGCGGGACCGGGUGCGGUGGGGGUGGCGGCUCGAGAGGCGCACGAAGCGGCCGAAGCAGAUCCUGGUGCGCGGGGACUGCGUCGUGAUCGUGACGCCGGCGGCGGCGGCGGAGCCGGGCCGCGGGCAGCAGGAACAUGGCACACGAAGCCUGAAAGGAACACCUGCAGGCGCCAGCUAG